CAAGGAAAGAAGUUGAAAAAAAUACUCCUUUAAUUAUAUUUUCAAGUUUUUAAUAUUUUAAAGUAAAAACUCUUAUACACAGCUUGCCAUUAUAAUGUAUAUUGUUUACUAUAUUUACUGACUUACUGUCAUUAAACUCAGUGAUUGACUACAUUUUUAUUUAAGUAUUUAAAAUGAAAUUCAAGAAUGGGUAUUACGAUUUAUUUGUGCAAAUGUGUGCCAAAUUUCCUUCAAAUAUAGCUAUUAGAGAGUACAGCAAUGGUAGAUAUAAUACCUAUUCGUACUCUGAGUUAUAUGGAGUUUGUGAGUACAUUUAUCAAAAUCUGCAACAACUACACUGCACUAAGGGUGUUAUUGGGAUACUGUCCGACAGAAACAUGAUUGUCCCUUGUGUUAUUGCUGCGGCUCACAAAUACACCACAAGUUUUAUGUUCCUGGAUCCUUCUCAAGACAUUACAAGUAUUACAAACAAAAUUCAAUUUAGUAGUAUUAUUGAAAUUAAAAGCUGUAAAAGCUAUCAUGACUCGAAACUAUUGGGACAGUGUCCAGAUAUUUCAGUUGCAGUAUUUGAACUAAAAAUUAACUUCUAUAAUAUGAAUACCAGAAAUUCAGCAACACAUUCAAACCUCCAUUCAUUUAUUUGUUCAACGUCUGGAAGCACUGGAGAACCAAAAUUAAUUCAAAUUCCAAUACAAUGUAUUGAGCCAAAUGUCAAGGACCUGACAAAACUUUUUGAUAUCACACAAAAUGAUGUAAUUUAUUUUUCAACGCCUUUAACAUUUGAUCCAUCAAUGAUUGAAAUACAGCUGGCAUAUAUGAAUGGGGCAUCUUUGCUUAUUGCUCCAGAAAAUUUGGAUAUUAUGUUUCCCGAAAAAGAAAGUCUAAGCCACUCCGUAACAUUCUGGCAAACAACACCUUCGAAAUUGUUUCAGCACAGCAAUGUAGAUAUGAGUGAAAAAAUACUUGGUGCUUCUUCCACCUUGAGGUGUCUAGCGCUUGGAGGAGAGGCCCUCUCCGGGAUAUCACGCCUGAAGCAAUCAAAAUCAUCAGUAAAUAAAACUAGAGUCUUUGCUCUGUACGGAGUUACCGAGAUGUCCUGCUGGGCAAGUGUGGCUGAGUUGGAUCUAGACAAAAUUGACACAGACAGAGAGGUGCCUUUGGGUAAAUGUUUAUCUGAAACCCAAAUCGACAUUGAACCUAUCACCAAACAUAGCAAUAUAGGAAGGAUUAUCUUAUCAAGUGAAUCCAGAAGAUGUACAGUUUUAAAUGAAUCAAAUAGUAAUGAAGAAGUUAUACUGAAAAAUGUGGACACUGGAGACCUGGCUGAGGUGCAUAAUGGCACUAUGUACUUCAGAGGGAGGAAAGAUGAUGUCAUUAAGAGAUUUGGCCAUAAAGUUGAUCUGAAGCUUAUUGAGUCUACAGCACUGCAGUCUCCACUCGUAAAGUCAUGCUCUUGUAUUUGGCUUCCAAAGCCAACCCUGCUAGUGGUAUAUUAUGUAUCAGACACAUUAACUACCACAGAACUUUCAAAUUUUCUGAAGUCUAAGCUCAAUGACAAGCACUGGCCUGAUAAAGUCAUAAGAAUUGCAAAUCUGCCUCUAAAUCCGCAUGGGAAAGUGUCUAAGCAAACAUUAAACACAUUAUUCAACCAGAGAUUGCUAGCCAAUUCAAGUGUAACUGAAGAUUGUAAAAGUCAAUUUAUUAAAGAGUUAAAAUGUACACUGGAUUCAACUAUUUCGUAUGAUGAGAUAAAGGAUAAAGACUUCUACAGUAUUGGGGGGACAUCAUUCAUGGCUGUUGCCAUGUGCAACAGAAUGUCACAAACAUAUCCAUCAUUUGCCAAAAGCGCUCUUCCACUGUUGCUGUCACAUAAAAAUACAAUUGAUACAGUGGUACAAGAAGUAAAUAAGUGUAUUCAUGAUGUUGUAAAAAAGCCAAAGAGAAAAAUAAAGAGAACUAGAUGUAAAACACUUGAUGGUGAAACUGUGUCGAUUAAGAAGUCGAAUUUAACUGUAACUACCGACAAUCAGACCUCAAUCAUCACAGCAGACAGAAUGACCGAAGUCCCAUUUAGUAUGAGUGUGGAAUGGAGUUACGACACUGGGAAAUGUGUUGAUGCAUCUCCAGAACUAUUUCACAUUGACUCUAAUGUUUAUAUCGUUGUGAGCAGUCAUUCAGGAAAAAUAGUAAUCCUGGACGCAAAGAGCGGUGAAGUGCAAGGAUUAAUUACAGAGACUUCUCGUGUCGAAGCCUCAGUUUACUGCCACCAGCCACCAGAGGGCGUCCCACCUUGCGGCGUGGUGGGCACCUACGACGGAACCAUAGUCUGUUUCAAAUUAGAAAAUGGCACACAAAUGUGGAAACGGAACGUGAAACAUAGGAUUAAAAGCAAAGCUACUUUUUGCAAUGGAUCCCUGUACGUGGCCACGUAUGAAGGCGUUAUUUGGCUCAUUGAUAUAACUACCGGAGCCAUCAAGUCUAGUGUACCAGUUUCUGAACACCCCAUAUCUGCGGACCUUGUGUGUGCAGGCAACAAAUAUGUCCUGUUCGGGACACUGAAAGGAGAGUGUGGUUGCUUGGACUCUACUGAUAACACGAUCAAAUGGCGAGACACGCUGGGUAGUCCAGUGUUCUCCAACCCAGUCGUGUAUGAUGAAGACAAAUAUGUCAUCUUCACAGAUGUCAGUGGGUGCGUCCAUUGCCGGACUGUCGACAAGGGAGUCAAGGUCUGGGAAUACAAUGGAGCAAAAGGAAAUAUUUUCUCAUCUAUGUAUUUACGAAAGCUAAGUAAAUUAAAAUGGCAAAUAAGUUUUGGAUGCCAUGAUAAGAAGGUCUACAGUAUAUUAGUAGACAGAUUACUGCCCAGGUUGCUUUGGAGCACUGAUAUGCCUUCCCAGGUGUUUGCUACUCCUUGCGCCAUAAACGAAGAUGUCUUCCUAGCUGCAGCAAGCAAUGGCUGUCUAUGCGUGAUGGAAGCUAGAAGUGGAGCAAUAUUACUAAAGUACAGCCUGCCUAAUGAAACUUUCUCCAGCCCUGUGGUCUAUUCUAAUUCCGUUUAUAUUGGCUGCAGAGAUGACAAUGUGUACUCACUAAAAUUGGAUCUAAAUUCAAUAGAGAAUCCUAGUCAAAUUCUGUGAUAUAGAGAAUAAUAUUUGUACAAAUAAAACUCGGUUUCCAUAGUA